UUCAAUCUGAUUCAGUAAACAGCAGAUAAAUAUAUAUAUGUGUGUGUAUGUGCAAUUACGCCCUUUGCACCCUGACACCUAACACCAUCUUCUUAAAAAAUUCUCAAACUCAAAUAAGUUGCUCAUAAUUAUCGACAAAGAAGUGCAUGAAAUCAAAGUAUAUUUCGUUUUUAUAAUUAAAAUCUGAAGAUCAAAUGAAGAAUCGGGAGAUUUUUAUGAGUAUAUAUUAAAAAGCAUUACUUUGAGGUUUGAUAUACUAUUUGAUACUAUUUGGUUUGAUAGCUUUGCGUAUGCAAUGCCAAUUGACCAACUUUACAUCUUGUUUUGUAAAAAAGGAAUUUGAAAUCUUGACGUAAUAAACGCAAAAUGAAAUAUGACUAAUCAGUACUACUUGUACUCAACGAAGGAAUGCAGGUUACAAAUUUAGUGAGUUGAAUCAAUAUGAUUAUGUCGAACUCGCGAUACAAGUUGGGAAUAUGGGUUGAAUCAUGAUUCGCACAAAAUGUAAAUGAUGUAUUUCAUCCAAACUAUGUAAUAAGAAUUCUUUAAAAGGAUACAUAUAAAUAUGAUUGGUUACACAAAACUCUAAAUUACGUGUUUGAACAAAUUAUUACAGUAUUAAUAUGAGUAACAUUGCUUCGUCAGAUAUAUCAGUGAAAUCAUUAUUCACACUUAAUAAUAAUGAUUUUAAAGAGUUUGCCUGUGGCUGGGGAGCUGCAGUUAUCAAUGUAUCCAUCACUUUCCCUAUUCAUAAGAUUAUAUUUAGACAGAUCUUAGAAGAUGUUCCAGCUAAUACAGCCUUUCGGCAAAUAUCCAGGGAGGGAAUACACCUGUUAUAUCGUGGAAUUUUACCACCUUUUUGCCAAAAAACUUUUUCGGUUAGUGUAAUGUUCAGUACAUAUGAAGGUUGUAAGGAUCGUUUGUGCACAUUAACAAAUAACGGUAUAUUAAUUAGAAUAUUAGCAGCCCAUUUUGCUGGCACUGCUGAGGCUAUACUUAUGCCCCUCGAAAGAGUACAAACAUUGCUGCAAGAUUGGCGGUAUCAUGAUAAAUUUAAAAAUACUUCUCACGCAUUUAAAUAUUUAUUGAAAAACUAUGGUAUAUCGGAGUGUUAUCGCGGAUUAGUCCCAAUCAUAUAUAGAAAUAGCUAUUCCAAUUUAAUGUUUUUCAUUUUGAAAGAACAAUCACAAAAGCUGAUGGGUGAGCAGGAGUCAUUUUUAACAAGUUUCAUCAAUGGUGCAUUAAUUGGUGGUUUCACGAGUACUGUAUUUUAUCCAAUAAAUGUGAUAAAGGUACACAUUCAAUCGAAGAUAGGUGGCAAUUUUGAAAAGUUUAUGAGCGUCGCUCGCGAAAUAUAUGUCGCAAGAAACAGAAGUGUAGUUUCAUUUUAUAAUGGUGUGCAUUUAAAUUGUAUGAGAUCCUUUCUUAGUUGGGGUAUUAUAAAUGUAUCUUACGAUUUUCUAAAAAGAAUUAUGUUCUGAUAAUAACUUACAAUAUAAACGAUGAUUUUCAUCUAUUUGAAUAAAAAUUUUACUCGUAUAAUUUUA